UCCCAGUUCAACGUCGAAUCCUCGUAAGUGAAGAGCGACCCUCAAGACGGUGUCGUUUUUCACCCUGGGUGCCCUGACAAGCCACUACCUAUCUAUCCAAGCCAUAUGAUUCAUACAUUGCUCAAUAAGCAACGCGAAAACAUACUACAUAUACAUGGCUAAGUAGCUUCGCACACCCGAGUUUUUAUCUCCUUUCCCCCCAUCCAGAUACUUCAGCAUCACGGAGAACUAUGAUUUUACUUCUGAUUUUUACGCUGACAUUACUCACAAGUCCAGGUUACAGUACAUAUGUAUGGCCUGAUCACCUUUACGACGAGCUGGAGCAUCUCCUCGUCGAUCAGGAGGGAUUCAACAACGGCGCAGAUUUCAAACGCGCGAUCACGCCGUGUACAUACUAUGUAAACGGAAACCAGACGUUAGGACGCAUGACGGUGGCACAGUGGUUGAGAACAGCAUUUCACGAUUUUGCCACUGCGGACGUUGCUACUGGGACAGGGGGGAUGGAUGCCUCAAUUGGUUGGGAGACGGAUAGACCCGAGAAUGUAGGCUCCGCCUUCAAUGAUUCGCUAAGUUUCUUUGCUCCUUUCGUUAACCAACAUGUCUCCAUGGCCGACUUGAUUGCUUUGAGCGUCGUCACAUCCGUUGGUGUGUGUUCCUCCCCGACUAUUCACAUCCCUUUACGCGGAGGUCGCGUGGAUGCAAGUGAAGGAGGGACGUUCGGUGUUCCGGAACCAGAGACAGAUAUUCAGACCACGCUCAACCAGUUCGCACAAGCAGGCUUCAAUCAACAGGAUGCUAUUGGCUUGACUGCGUGCGGUCAUACUCUCGGCAAUGUACACCAUGCAGGAUUCCCUCAAGUUGUCGGUCCAGAAGCCGUGACUCCAAAUAAUACUGGAGGCGGAGUGCAUUUCGAUUCUACUGUGGAUGUUUUUGACGUCCUUGUUGUGAACGAAUACCUCGCGGGAAAUGAUCAGCGAGGAGGUCCGCUGGUCACUAGUGACAAUGUUACUGUUCGCUCUGACCUUCGCUUGUAUACAUCGGAUAACAAUAUAACAAUGAAAGGGUUAUCAGAUUCUCAGGAGCAUUUUGUAUCUGAAUGUGUCUCGUUAUUUGCGCGAAUGCUGGAUACUGUGCCCAGCUCUACGACUUUGUCGGAUGUGAUCACACCUUUGGAACUCAAGCCUGUCAACAUUACUUUAGAUUUCGUGGAAGACGAGACCGGCUUCCAUACCGUGUUUGCGGGAUAUAUUCGGCUUCUUUCUACUGCUUUUACAGAAAACGCCAAUGUUACACUCUCCUGGCUCGAUCGAAACGGCCGCUCCUCCCCUGCUUUUGUCACAACAACUACCUAUCAUGCUUCAGAACACAAGGGCACCGGCAUUUUUGGCGACACUUUCUUUCAUGUCUUUAACACCACUAUUGAUCCCACCCUCGGAAUUUCUUCCUUUGAUGUCAAUGUUGAAGAUUCCACCGGCGAAAGCGGUAGUACUGUUAGAUACCCCAUCCAGGACCGAGUAUUUGUUAUGAAAAGUAGAAGUGAUGUUGACGAUGAAGGAAGAGUUGAGGUCACUGCUGCGGUGCUUUCAUCCACAACAACGGACGUUAACACUGUAACCGCAGUUUUUGCGUUUCCGACGCCCCAGAUUGGAACCAUGAGCCCGGGCAUUGAAUCGUUGUCACUUCCGCUGAUGCUUUCGAACUCGAGCGUAGACUUUGAUCCAGGAUAUAUCAUGUUUACCACCUCGACUCAGCUGCCUUUGGGUAUUUCCAACGCGUACCAAGUCACCGUAGAUGUCAUUGCCGAUUUCGGCGACGGGGAAGUGUCGGAUAAAUUUCGAAGACUCAAGAUAUAGGUUGCAAUAUGUACGAAGAUCCAUUAUAUGUUUAGUAUUCAAUCUGCCUGGGCAGUGUCAGAAGGAGAGGAAGACAAGUCCCAAAAAAGCACGGAUGAUACAUCAUGCAUCAUGUCUAAUGCAUAAGCUUAAAAGAUGCGUGUGGUCAUUCCAGAUCAUUCCUGACGGUCCCUAGUAAAAUAUUGUGGUGACAGUGUAAGCGUAGUCUCAUAAAGAAAAGAAUUCGGAAUCGGAAAACGGCAUCCGUCACAAUUGCUUAGUCACUCAUAAAACUAUUUUUGCCGAAGCGCUCAGCGUA